AGGCAAUCUCCUCUCUUCUUCUCCAUUUUAUUCUCUCCCCUUGCCAUUGGCAGGCCCAGUUUCUUUGUCACCGUCCUCGGAGGGGAAGGAGCAAUGGCAGCAGCAGCAGCCUCCGUGUGGCUGCAGCUGCAGGUCCCUCCCCAUCGUCUCCACAGUCCCCCGGUGCUCUCCCUACCAAGCAACCAUUCUUCCUCACAUGCAUGCCCUCCAGUAUACAAAUACAAGAAACAUGCGGCGCCAGGGAGAGGAAACCUUCUUCUCUGCAGGGCCUCUGGCGCCUCCUCCUCCUCUGUGGUGACCAAGGAGCAGGAGGGAGCGGCCAGCGAUCCUUCGUCAGAGGAGGGAUAUUCUGAGCCUCAAAUCUAUAGUUACAAGGAUGACCCCAACUUCAGGGGCUGCAAGGGCUGCGGCAGAGACGAGCUUGAGAGGGGUUGCAAUGGCGAAGGGCGGAUCCAGGGCGGCAUAGCUGCCGUCCCGGGCUUCGGCUGGUGGCCCAUCAAGGCGUACCGGCCGUGCCCUGGCUUCGUCGCGUCCGGCGGCCGCUAUCGGCGCCAGGGCCAAAGCAUGGACGACGUUGCAUCCGGCAGGGGAAAGAAGAAACCCUCUCCCGCCAAAAAGAAGAGCGACAACAAGUAAUCCCAGCCCAAGGAACUGCAGUGUUGACAAUGCUAGGAAGUGUGUUGUGUUAUUCAGGCCAGGGUGACCAAUGAGAUUCGGCUGUCACUGUCUGCAUCAGCAGUAGAUAAUGUUUCUUACCAGAAAUUCAGAAUCUAUCCAAGAUGAAAUCUGGGAAUGUUUGCCAUUACCAUGGUGGAAUUGGGGAAGCUCAAGUUAUUCAGAAACAACAGUUUUGGUCCACAAUGGCAAUAUAUAUGCACUAGUUGGGACUGGUUGUAGAAACAUCAAGAAUGUAGGGUGCAGUGUUGUUCUCCUAGGCUCCAUGUACUGUUUCGAUUUCAAUUGUAAUAGUAGUAGCUUGGAACAUCUGACUGGACCGCCUGUAUUAUUGUCUUCAAGUAGAACUAGGUGAGAUCUGUGCCAGGCAAGGCAACCCAUGUAUUCUCGUCCAUAACAAGAUAUAAACGUGCAUAAUUGAGCA